AUGAUAGAAGCCCCAGCUGCAUCAGCAACUGUAGUGGCUGCCUUUUUCGUUGCAUCAAUGGCAAAUUUUUUAACUGGAUUUUUUUCCACAGAUUUUUUUGAUUUUUCUUUGGGUUUUGUUUUCCCUUUCUUUUUAUUAUUUCCAAUUUUUUUGCUUAUUGUUUUUCCUUUAGUUUCAUGAAUUUUUUUGGUUACAUCAUUUUUCUUUUUAUUCUGUCCUUUUACGGCCUUUCCUGAACAUUCUAGCAAUAAUUCGAUAAUUAAAAAUAAUAUCAAAAUUUUUAAAAUUGUAGAGGUUCUCAUUAAGUUUAAGAAGUGGAUCUGGUCAUUUGGGAGAAUUUUAAAAAAUCUAGAAUUUUUAUUUAGUUU